AUGGCCGUCGCGCAGAAGCAUGAGCUCAGAGACCAACCGGAUAGAAAGAAGCAGAAGAGACGGCGCAAUUACGAUGCGUACGACCAAGAAGUCGCUGCGGAACAGUCCAAGACCAAGGAGCAGACAAAGGACGAGGACGGCAGCGAGAGUGAAGAAGAUGACGAAAAACUAGACCAAACCAUGGCCAAGGAACAAGAAGAGGAAGAGGAUUUGACCGAAAUUGACACUUCUAACAUCAUACGUGGCGGAAGACGUACCAGAGGCAAGGUCAUCGAUUACAAGAAAACUGCGGAAGCACUAGAUUCGGAAGUGGCCGAGGCCGUCGGGACUGAGGCGGUCAAAAAAGAUCCCAAAGAUACCGCCCAGGAGGAUCCCAAAGAAGACUCCGAGGAGGUCACCGAAGAGGUCACCGAGGAAAACACCAAGGACGGAGACGGAGACGGAGACGAGGACGAGGACGACGAAGAAGACGAGGACUACGCUGGUGAGAGCUGA